ACCUGUAGCUACAACGACUGAUAUUGGCUCUCUGACCUCCCAGUAUCUAUCUACUCCGUAUCUUGCCUCCAACCCUUCCUUUGUUUUCUUAUUCAUCAAUAACCUCCUGCACACGCAAAAAUCGAGCCAAAUCAUCCCAAAAGAUGCGAAUAUUCUCAGGCUAUGCACCCGUGAGUAGCGACGAUGACCCAAACGCACCGGAGAAGGGAAUAGACUGGAAUUCAAGCUCUGAAAUCAUACCCUCAAAUACAAGAAGUUUCAUCGCCUAUUUGACAAUUCUUGUAAUUUCCCUCUCUGCCAACGUUCUUCUCUUACUUCAUCGCGUCCCAUCGAAUGGAACCGAGGAUACCGGCCGAACCAAGUACAGCGGUCUCACAUUUGACACUUACCUACCAUAUCGGACACAGUCAGAGUACUGGGAUCGGAAAUCAUCUAACCUGACUUCCGCGAACGCAGCCUGGGAUGCAAUCGAUACUGAUGCAAUGGCAAUAUCUCUUCAUGACAACUUCGCAAAGCAAGUCGGUUUGGGUCCUUCUACUCGAUUCCCAUGGGACACAGAACGAAGCAUUUACUAUCUGAAAGGCUUUCAUGAUCUUCACUGCCUAAAACUCGUUCGCAAAGCCAUAGUGACAAGGGAAUAUGGCAACAACAGUACGAUUACUCUCAGCCAUCUCCUUCACUGUCUCGAUGGUUUGCGCCAGGAUGUUAUCUGCACAGCGGACGACACCCCAAUGCCGGCUUUGAUAGCCCACCAUGUUGGUGACGGCCAGCUUCGCCGUUGUCGCGACUGGAACAAGAUGGCCGCAUGGGCAACUCGUCCGGACCAACAUGCUUGCUACGAGUUCGAUGAUUAUCGUGAUGCAACGAAUACGUUGGAGCUGUUCGCAUUUUGUCCGAAAGAUUCGCCGUACCGGCCAAUCAUGGAAGCCUAUUUUGAGUAUCAUGGUCACAAGGAUCCGUAUGAGCAUCGCUCGGAACAAGUUUGAUGACUUUCUUACAAUUUCCUUGGUUGUUACGCUGCAUCGUCAGAUAGCCAUCCUAUGUCACACUGAGACGUGGAUAGCUGAAAAUCCACUUGCACUGGAGUACGUACAGCCCGCUUCACGAAGUCCACGUGACUCGAACUACAGAAGAUAAUCUUGCUCUUCUCCGUAU